AUGCAGACCAUUCGGACCAUAGAGACGCAGCUUCCUAUGCUGCAAGAGAGCUUUCAUUCGUCUCCAUUUAGAGAACGAAAUCGAGAGAGGAGAAAAAGCAGCCUCACAAACCUCAUUAGGAAACAGCAACAACUGCAACACCCUCAGCAACUGCAGAGAGAGGCCCAUCAAAAGCUAGAAGAAGUUGGUGCCCCACUGGGUUGCAUUGAGCAUCCUCGGCUUGCUCGGUCAUCCAGCAGCCCAGUCUGCGAGUCAGCAGAACUAGCAGAUGUCCGAGGGAGGGGGAGAGAGAGAGAGCGAGAGAGCAUGAGAGAUGACACGAGAGAAGGAGAGGCGUGCCUAGAUCUGUCUUCCGCCGUGGCAUCAUGGCUUGCAUCAUCACAACAGCUGUGCCCGAGUGUGGAGAGAGAGGGAGGGAGGGGGAGAUUACAAAGGGAGGGAAAGAGAGAGCAAGGCAGUGAGGAGAGAGAGAGGGAGCAGCAGCAAAGGCAGCAGCAGAGGGAGAGCAAGCAUGAGCAAGAGCACUCUCAGCAUGGCUUGAUUGCUAAGGGGGUUCGCCUGCUGUGGAACAUGGGCAACCAGGAGGCCAAGCAGAAAAGGGCAGAGACAGUUAGGGAUGGACUUGAUGAUAGAGAUCUCGAAAGCUCGAAAAAGAGCAAGUCAAAGUCCCAGGGCAAAGCCGGAAAGUGUUCUAGCGACUCAACCAAGAAGAAACCCAAGGCGGAAAGCUCCAAGAGUUCUGUCUUCUCCAGCAUCCGCAUCCGGAAGGGGCUCUCGCGCAAGACAGUGUCUAGAGAAGAUGUGUUGGAUGAGGAAAGAAGGAUUCAAGGCACUGACUGCUUCCAGUCGGCCGAGGAUUUUGAGGAUCUCAAACUUCACAGUGACCAGGAAAGAGCUAAACUGGCAACAGGAAGCAGGGAAUCAACCAUGGAUACUACAGAAGAAGAUGGGUCAGGGUCUGAUACAGAUCUUUACAGUUUCCACUCAGCCACUGAGGCUCAGGACCUGCUGGCUGACAUCCAGAGAACCAUCAGCCUACACCAUCAGCCUAUACAAGGGGAUGGCAGAGUGGGGGAGAAAGGAUGGAGGUCAGGGGUCCUCACGGAUGGAGAGGGUCAGACUCAACUUGAGUGUCAAGUUGAGAUCAGCCGGGAUGUAGGGGCAGAAGGUGGACGGGACAAGAGUGAAGAUGGAUGUCAUGAAGACCAGACUGCAGAAACUGAUCGUAAACUGAUACCCCCCUCUUAUUCAGGGCACUUUGGGGUUGGAGGAACUGAAACUAAAACUGCACCUGCAUCACUGGAAAGCCCUAAUGGCCUUCAGAGUGUCACUAAAACUGUAAGCAACUACAGCAUCCAGGAUACUGCGACAACCAGCACAUCCUAUGAGAGCGCUGAGGAGCGCUUAGGGGAGAGUUCCUCUCUGUCCUCUCAGGUCGAGGAAUAUCCCCACGGCCUGAGUCAAAGUCUGGAGGUCAGCCUAGGCUCAGCUGAGCAGCUUGGGGACCUCAGACCUAAAGUCAGUAGAGUGAUUUUUGUGCCACAAAAGAGUGUGAGCAGCGUGGACCUGAACAUAGAGCGCUGUGCAGAUGAUGACAUUGGCGUGGAGGAGGAAGGGCCGGGGACGUCACUGACCCAGUGGUUGUCUGAGAGUCUUUUAGGGCCAGGGGCAUGGCCCCGGAGGACCUCUAGUGCAUCCACCGGAGUCAAACCCUACCCCACCAUUCAGCCAUCCUACGUGAAGACGACUACUAGGCAGCUUUCUUCUCCACCACAUUCCCCUGGCCCAAGCCCUAGGUGCCUCCGUAGAGCAAGCCAAGAGCUAAGCCAGGGGUCAGUUCAGAGAUCUUUCAGAGCUGAGAAGUGGAGAGCCCAAAGACAGCGUUCUUGCAGCAUCGCAGGCCCGACAGGUUUUCACAGCAACUGGGACAGGACUGUAAAUGGGCAGUCUGAGCUUGCCGAAAGGGGGUUCCUGACCCUCGGACCCCACCGGGUGUCCUCCUGUUUCCAGGAAAACUCUGGAGCCUCAUUACAGGAUGUGUUUUCAGGCCGCACACUGUUAGAGCGGUGUUGUGUGGUGCCCGGUGCUGGUGAGGGUGAUGACGAGGAUGAAGCUGAGAGGUUUUGCUCGCGGAUUCUGGCUCUUGGGAUUCUGCAGCCCUUCAGUGACUGCUUCAGAGAGCCGACCACAGGAAGUGAUGCAGCCAGCAAACCUGCUUUCAAUAAGGAGCAGUUGUACACUUGGGCUCCAUUGGGUCACCCUGAGGCAAGAACCCCCGGAAGAUUACAGACCCUGUGGCCCCCAGUGUCCAGUACAUCUCAGAAUGAAUCCACUCCAGGAUCCGGGGCUGUUUCAGAUGGGAAUUCCGCAUCAAUCAAGCAACUGGAGCAGAUGAUCAAGGAGUUACAAGAGAAGAUAAGCCAGCUGGAGAAAGAUCUCGAACCUUCAAGUAUCUCGGAGGAGAGAGUGGCACCAAAGACAGAAAAUGGGUUGAGCCUCAACCUCGGACAUGCGUUCCAUAAGGCUGACGGUCAGAAGUCUCCACAAGAGGCGAAAUCGGUCCAAACUUCUCCGGUCAAGGAGGCCUUUCAUUCCACAGUGCCUUUGUUCAACCAAUCACGGACUAUGACUGAUGGUGCCGCUUCACCAAUUACACAGUCCUAUGUAUGCACUUGCCAAAGACUACAACAGGACAAGUCUGCACUACCACAAGCCCUGCCCCUUUCGGCUCCCCCACCUCCUCCACCUGCACUGACUGGUCCCGGUGUAUCCUCAGCCCCAGCCCCUCCCCCUCCUCCACCUCCUCCUCCCCCACCAUUGGCACCAGGGAUGUCAGUACCAUCGCCACCACCACCACCACCUUUACCUGAGCAUAGACUAUGCCCCCCUCCUCCACCUCCCCCACUUCCAGGGUUUGGACCCCCACCUCCACCUCCUCCUCCUCCAGGCUUUGCACCUCCUCCUCCUCCUCCUCCUCCUCCUCCUCCAGGAUUAGGACCACCACCUCCUCCCCCUCCUCCGGGUUUCGGGCCACCACCUCCAGGUCCAGCAGGUCCUCCUCCGCCCCCUCUGGGUUUGAUGUCACUUGGCUUGGUUCAGGAAGCCACCCCUUUGAAGGCAGCCAUAGAGCCUCCACGACCCAUGAAGCCUCUGUACUGGACCAGAAUACAGCUGCAUGCCAAAAAAUCUGUCUCCUCUGUCUACAGAGAGCCGAACACUCUGCUGGUGUGGGAGAAGGUUGAGGAGCCACGAGUGGAUUUUGAGGAGUUUGUGGAGCUGUUUGCCAAAAGUGCAGUGAAAGAGAAGAAGAAGCCCAUUUCUGACACCAUUACCAAGUCAAAGGCCAAACAGGUGGUGAAGUUGUUGAGUAAUAAGCGUUCUCAGGCUGUCGGGAUUUUGAUGUCCAGUCUGCAUUUGGAUAUGAAGGACAUUCAGCAUGCCAUCCUGAACAUGGACAACACUGUGGUGGAUCUGGAGACGCUACAGGCUCUGUAUGAGAAUCGUGCUCAGAAAGAGGAGAUGGAUCAGAUCAAUAGACACAUCAAGUCCAACGCGGAGAAGGACUGUGCCAAACCUCUGGACAAGCCUGAACAGUUCCUGCUGCAGCUGGCGGAGGUCCCUCAGUUUUCUGGCCGUGUUUUCUGCAUUCUGUUCCAGUCCACCUUCACCGAGUGCAUCUCCAACGUCCAGCGCAAAAUCCACCUGCUGCAACGGGUCUGCACGACACUAAAGUCUGGUGAAGGUGUUCUGCAGGUUCUUGGGCUGGUUCUGGCAUUUGGCAACUUCAUGAACGGAGGGAACAGGAGCAGAGGGCAGGCGGACGGCUUCACUCUGGACAUCCUGCCUAAACUCAAAGACGUCAAAAGCAGUGAUAACUCCCAGAGUCUUCUGUCCUUCAUCGUUGCUUACUAUCUGCGACACUUUGAUGAGGAUGCAGGUAGAGAGACAUGUGUGUAUCCUCUCCCGGAGCCUCAGGACCUUUUCCAGGCAUCACAAAUGAAGUUUGAUGAUUUUCAGAGAGAUCUACGCAAACUACGCAAAGACCUUAAUGCCUGCUCGUCUGAGACGGAGAAGGUGUCUGCUGCAUCCUCAGAGGAACAUCUGCAGCCGUUUAAGGGGAAAAUGGAGCAGUUCCUUACUCGGGCCAGAACUGAACUGGAGGACCAGGAGAAACAGCUGGCAGACACUCAGAAGAGCUUCGUGGAGCUGAGCGUGUUUUUCUCAGUGAAGCCUAAGGCGGGGGAGAAGGAGGUCUCUCCAAACACCAUCUUCUCCCUGUGGCACGAGUUCUCCACCGACUUUAAAGACCUGUGGAAGAAGGAGAAUAAACUUCUGCUGAAGGAACGGCUGAGAGCUGCAGAGGAAACAAUCAAACAGGCGAGAGAGAAAUCGGCCUACAGCGUCAAACCCAAGCACGCAUCUGGAAUAAAAGCCAAACUCGGGCAGAAGAUGUGAAGCUUGGCCAUGUGGAGGAGUGUGGUGGCCACUCAGGACUCCAGCUCAUGCACAACGUAAUGUCCAUCACAAUCAGAACGACUGUGUUAUAUCUGCUGAAGUAGCAAUGGACUGUUCUCAUACCUUUUUUUUUUAUGUCCAAACUCAUUGUACUGGUGUUUUAACUGAACCUGAAAAAGCUGAUGAUAUUUAGGGAUGCACUGAAAUUGCACUCACUGAAAAAUUUCCAGCCAAAAAUGGACAGAAGUGACACUUGCUGAUUAAAAAGUAUCAAAUACAAUGAAGCAUCAGAAUAAAUAAUCUAACGGUAAUAAAAUUAUAAAUAGCAAUAAAAAACUAUUUUCUGGUCAACAAAGACAUGUUCAAACAGUUUGAGUAGCAGCAGUUUGCUAGACUGCUAGGUGAAAGCUCCAAAAGCUCCACGGCCGCUUGCUUAACAUCUUAAAAAAAAAAAAAGAUGUCCAUCGUCAUUGCAGAGGCAUUGCCAUCGGUGUCCAUUUAAUAUAAUAUUGUCAUAACUUAGUAUUUAAUAUUAUUUCGCAAGAAGUCAGUUCUCUUUCCCAACAUUGCAAUUAUUGCCUAUUUCUUUCAGUUUUCAGCCCUGAAUUUUGUGGUCAGGAAAUUAUUGGUGCAUCACUAACAGCAAAGUACUUUUGGUUGAUUCUGCAGAAAGAGCAAACAGAUCUGUUCGAUUUAUGAUGAAAACUUUUACUCAUUUGGACUAAAAUCUUUAAGAUUUGAGUGAUCCUCUACCUUAAAAUAUGUUUAUUUUAUUAAAACUAAUGAUUGAACUUUCCAUUCUGUCAUUAACAAUCAGACCUUUCCAAAUAUUUCAGUAGGGAUUGUUUCGGGAGUGACAAUUUGAGCUCAUUUUGAGAAGAUCUCAAAACCCUAGCCAGUACAUAACUAACAAACACAGCUUUGAACAGCCGUUGACAUAUAAAAUCAUACUACUUAUUUCAUUAAAACACUGAAAUGUACUUAAUUGUAGAAAACAUUUUCAGGUAGUGACAAUUCUUGAUGCUCUGCACUGAUUUUCAGACUUUGGGACACAUUUACUUUAAAACAAUGAGAUCUAACUGCUCACCAUGUGUGUUAGAGUAGACUUAUUACAAAUGCCUUAAAAAGCACCUUCACUGCCAUCAUCGAUUACACAAUAUACAAUACACAACAUAGAUUAUGAAAUAUGGCUGUAAACUAGUAAAUCAGCUGGUCGUCUCAGUCUGUACUGGAAAAUGAAUCAGCUGCUAUUGAAAAUUUGAGCGUUUAUACUAGCAAAAUCAUUUAAUUUUAAUCAUGUACUCGACCAUUCAAAAGUAUGGAAUCAAUGUUUUUAGAAAUGUAAAGGCAAUCUGGUUGAAAAUAGUGUGGUUGGGAUAGUGUAGUGGUUAACACCUCUGCCUUCUACACUGUAGACUGGGGUUCAAUCCUCACCUGGGCCAACACCCUACACUAUACCAAUAAGAGUCCUUGGGCAAGACUCCUAACACCACCUUGGCCUCCCUGUGUAAAAUGAUCAAAUUGUAAGUCGCUCUGGAUAAGAGCGUCAGCCAAAUGCCGUAAAUGUGAAAACAAGAUUCUUGUAUGCUACAGUGGUUCUUUAGAAAAGGCUGUGGUUAUUUAUAGAACCAUGGCAUUCAGAAGGUUCUUCAACCUCUUAUUCUCCAGAGUAUAUUUUGGUUUGUCCAUCUGAAUUUAUUUGAUCAAAUCUUUGCAAAUUAUUAGUAAAGUAAGAAAAUUAAAGUAAGAAAGUAAGUUAAUGCAAACUAUUCAGUAACUGCAUGAAAUAAAUGCAUUUUAUUUAUUUAUUUUUUGUAAAAGCUCCUCGAAUUAACAGAAAAUGUGUUUUAUGAUCACAUAUUUCUCUAUGCUUACAGUUUACAGCUGAAAGCCAAAAAUCUCAGACGCUCUUUGUGUUAUAUUAUAAA